AUGGCGAUGAAGACUGCCAAUAAUUGUGAUUCGAGCGUGUCUAAGGACCACAAUGAAUCACUUGUCAAAGAACAGCCACUUGCCAAGAAAAAGAGACUGAACAAACAAGGAAAGAACAGCAUUCCCCUGAUUACUAAGCUGACCAAAACUCUACAGCUCAUCAAGUAUGUAGGUCCCACUAUCAAUGGGGAACUUGCAUCACUUGUGGAUGAAAUUAUGAGAGAGAAAGCUAAGGAAAACAAAAUAAUGGAGUUAGAGAAACAACACAAAACUCUCAAAAAUUAUGCCAUCUUGUCAGAGACCAAGGUCAAUCAAGGUGUCUGGAACAAUUUGGACAAGUGGGCUCAGUCAACUGACUGAAUUCCAAAAGGUUCAGAAAAGUCUGAUUAAAGGAAUAAUAGUAGUCGUGUCAGAGGUGACCAAGCUGAUGGGCAACUCAGAAAUUCAGAAAGAAGAGACUGUUUGUGCCCUAAUGGAUGGGGUGCUCCUCUUAGCAAAUGCUAACCAGGAGUUAAAGCAUCAACAGAGAGAGUUGAUGAGACCACAACUCGAUACAAAUUAUAGACAUCUUUGCAGUCCAUCAAAUCCAGUGACAGCUGAAUUGUUUGGAGAUGAUCUCCCAAAGGCUGUUAAAGACAUCUUAGACACAAACAGGCUAAGUUUAAAGCUCACCAAGGAAAGCAGCUCUAGUCACUCAAAGAGUUGCCAAUAA